AUGAAGAGCACUCUCAUCCUUUCCCUCGCGGCCCUCGCCGCUCAGGUCAUCGCCCUCCCUACCCAGGUCGAGGAGCGUGCCGUCACUCUCCCCAUGGGCGACAUGAACCUCGCACCUCGCAUGGAUGUCCGCCCCAAGCUCCGCCGCGGAAAGAAGGAUCAGGAGGCCGCGGGCGCUGCUCAGGACGGCCAGAACGGCCAGCAGGGUGAGAACGAGGGCGAGAACGACGACGCCGCCAACGCCGUCGCCAAGAAGAACAAGGCCGCCGCUGGCGAGAACGCCGCCGCCGCCGGAGGAGCUGCCGGAGCCGCCGAUGGUGCCGCCGCCGGAGGAGCCGCCAACAACGGAACCGCCAACGCCGGAGGCAAGAAGAACAAGAAGAACAAGGGCAAGAAGGCGAAGGCCGCCAAGGCCCAGGGCAAGAAGGCCACCGCGGCCGCCGGCAAGAAGGGCAAGAAGAACGGCGGAGGCGCCGCCAACAACGGAACCGCCAACGCCGCCGACGGUGCCGCCGCCGGAGGAGCCGCCAAGAAGAACAAGGCGGCCAAGGCUCAGGGCAAGAAGGGCAAGAACGGCGGCGCGGCCGGUGGUGCCGCCAACAACGGAACCGCCAACGCCGGCGGUGCUGCCAACGGCGGCAAGAAGGGCGGCAAGAAGAACAACAACAACGCCGCUGCCGGAAACGGUGCCGCUACCGAGACCAACAACAACGCUCAGCAGGACGGCGGCGCCGGCAACAUCUUGAGCAGCCUCCUCGGCGGACUUGGUGGUGGUAACAACAACGCCGCUGCCGGUGGCAACGCCCAGAACGACCCCCUCGCUCUCCUCAACGGUCUCCUCGGUCGCGAUGAGUCCUCCGCCCACCUCGAGGACCGCCAAGUCGACGAUGAAGUCGACGACCAGGAGGAAUAA